CAAUCCUUUUCUUUUUACGUUGCCAUGUUGCUAUCGCCUUCAGGCUCGAACACGUAUUGCUCUCCGACGAUGCAUCGGUGAAACCCAGGGCUUCGGUAAUGGCCUGAAGAAACCUGGACCUUGUUCAUGGGUAGAAUCCACGGUUAUACCUCGAUGUCCGUGUGGACCGGCUUGUCGGUCCUCGCCGUUCCCUUGAGCCUCGAAAUGUUGACGAUCGACCAGAGAAAGAUUGCCAACGGCUACCAGGAUCUCAACAUCGGUCUCACAAUCAGACGCCCAACAACGGAUUCAAGCUGGAACAAAGAAAUAGAGUACAUUGACCGUCCCAAUCAUAACCAAACGAAGCACCGAUAGGAGACUGGACGAUGGCAGCCUUUGCUCAGCUCGUGACGGGACCUCCAGGAGCGGGCAAGACGACCUACUGCCAUGGCAUGCAUCAGUUCCUCACGGCGCUCGAUCGACCUGUAGCGAUCAUCAACCUCGAUCCGGCCGUUCCCAACCCUCCUUACCCCUGCGCCCUCAACCUGAACGACCUCAUCUCGCUGGAAGAGAUCAUGCACGACAACCAGCUCGGUCCGAACGGAGCCAUGCUCUAUGCCAUGGAAUACCUCGAAGCCAACUUUGACUGGUUACAAGAAGGGUUCGAGAAGCUCAUCGAGAGGAAUAGAGGAGAAGGCAGGGGACCGGCGUAUUUCGUGAUAGAUACGCCGGGGCAGGUGGAGUUGUGGACGAAUCACGAAAGUCUGAAGAGGAUCGUCACGAGGUUGACCAAGAUGGAUUACCGGAUAGUAGCCGUCCACCUCUCUGACGCUCAUUACAUUACCGACGCUUCGAAGUACAUCUCGGUCCUCCUCCUCGCUCUACGGGCCAUGCUCCAGCUGGAACUUCCGCACGUGAACGUGUUGAGCAAGAUGGACCUCGUCACCAAGUAUGGAGACCUGCCGUUCAACUUGGAAUACUAUACCGAAGUACAAGACCUCGAAUACCUCGCCGGAUCGCUCAAGAACGACCGGGCGGGAGAGAAGUACGUCAAGCUGAACAAGGUCAUCUGCGAGCUCGUCGAGGAUUACGGGUUGGUAGGGUUCGAGACGCUGGCCGUCGAGGAUAAGCGGUCGAUGCUCCAGCUUUUACGACUAUUGGACAAGGCAAUCGGAUACGCUUACAUCCCUCCCAAAGGAGCUCGUGUGCGACCGAUAGACGAAGACGAAGACGGAGAUGAGGAUGAGAUCAUCGUCGACCCCUCAGACGCCGUCUCAGCCCAACAAAGCGCAGGGAUGGGCCAUGAUCUUCAGGGUCUGACAGGUCUUAGCGGGGUGAUGGACGUACAAGAACGAUGGGUGGAUAAUCGGGAGGCUUGGGAUGCGUUCGAAAAGGAACGGGAGGAGAGGAUGAGGAAACAGGGCGCUGGGAUGUGAGAAACGCAACUUGUUAGAGGGUUCAGCAUUGAUGAAGAGUUGUAUUAACGCGGAUAGACGGACAUCAUCGUGUAGCAAUAACAUUAGCAUUUGGGUUU